CCAAAAUUAAACAAUUAAAACAAAAAUAAACAAUAAAAAGUACUAACACUACAGAACAAAAAAACAAUAGCAUACAUUAAAAUAUGGGUGGGUUUGCUGUGUGCGUUGCAGCAAAAACAAAAGGGUCCUGGCUCAGUUAUAUGCCCCACUCUUUCGGGCGAAGCAACUGGUAAUUCUGCUAGAACCCAGGUCACUAACAGAUCGUGGUACAAAAAUAAAUGUAAAAAUAAUAAUAAUAAUAAUAAUAGUAAUAGUUUGCCUAUGUCGAAAAUACAUUUUGUAGCUAGGCACUUUUUUAUUUAAAUACUGUGCGUCUUAGUUUAUCAGAUCAACCUACAUACUUACUUAUGUUAAUUUUACAAAACCAAAUCACAAAAAUAUUUGAUGUCGUCAUAAAUAAUUUCACCUCUCUCUAAUAUUUAUGCACUCUGAGGUCUCUGAGUAAGAAAAAUACGUGGCCCCGAAAGGGGUAACGGCGUGUGGUGCGAGUGCGAUAGAGACGGCGAUAGACGCUUCGGUCGAAAUUUUUUCCAGGUAAUUCGCCAGGCCGCCAGCCCGCCAUGCCACUGGCGUCAGUUCAGUUGCGUGAGCGCCGCUGACUAAGUAUCACGCGGCGUUUAUUUAUACCUUAAGGUAGCUAGCAUUCGGAUCCCAGCAGUCGCGACCCGGCAGCCGCUGCCCAGCAGCCGCACCGCUUUGUAGGGAUUUAUAUGCGAUAGGAUCCGAAUGCUAAUACCUUUAGCGUGCGUAGUUUCGUUCGACGGCAGUUAAUUAUAAUGGAUAGUGACGAAGAUUUAACAGUUAGUUGUGCGAUGUACUUGGCUGAAUGGGGUUUGUCCGAAACCACUAUAUCUAAUUUUGAAGAAAAUAAGAUUUCCGUCAAAUUGCUGGACUGCAUAGAAGAAGCAGAACUUAAAGAGUUGAUACCCAGUUUAAAAGAACGAAUUCUAUACAAGCGUGGAAUGAAAAAACUACAAACCAUUAUACACGAGACAUGCUCUGAUGACACUGUAAGCAUUAAUAGUUCUGAUGACACUGUAAGCAUUAAUAGCGAUUUUUCUGCACCGAGUCCUACGAACAGCACCACUAGCACCAGUAUCAAUAAACUGCCACCCACGAAAGAAAAUUCUUCUUAUACACGAAAGUAUUUAUUGCUUUGUCCUUACUUUGUGGAAAACUUGUCCCGACUGUCGGCAGAUUUGAUGCAGGAAAUAAAGAUAAAGACGAAAAGCGCUCAUCAAAGGCAGAAAAAACAAAGUAUAACAAACCGACCAUCCUGGAGUCACGAGACAGUUUGAUAUUGCAUGUGAAGACUCAAGGUGACAUCCAAAAUCGCCUUACAACACGUCGGGAUAUCCAACUUAAGAAAGGACUCACAUGCCAACCAGUGGUAAUUUGUGUCGGGCCAGACGUCGAAAAUUUAACGGAAUUCUACGUCAAUUUUGACGACGUUACUUACCAGCUUGAGUCCCUGUUAAAAGCUGUCGACAUUUGCUUCAAAACAUUUCAUGUGUUUGACAUACAAUAUCCCCAUGAGAGUAUUCAGCCGUGGAUGUUCAUACAACAUUAUAUGUAUGAUAUUAAAACGCCGCAAGAUCAUAAAUUUCCGAGUGUUGCCACUUUAAUUGCUGACUUAAUGUAAGUUACUAUUAAUGUUACUUUAGUGAAAAUGACGUUUAAGUGCUUUAUCUGUAAUAACGAGUUCAAAUCCCUGAAAGGUUUGUUUUUACAUCUCGACCUAAAGCAUAGUAAUUUAUCUGAAUAUAGUUGUACACAGUCUACAUGUAACAGACGCUUUCAAAAUAUAAAAAGCUAUAAGAGACAUCUCCUCAGUCACAAUAUCAAAAAGCCGGGUAAAUCUCAAAUUAGAACAAAGAUAAAUCAUACACACACACAUAAUGAAUUAAGUGAGUCGAGCAGUGGUGGUUGUUUUCUCCACACUGAAUCUAAACUAACUAAUGACUUUGAAGUGACAUGUAAUGAACAUUGUGAAACAGAAAUACGAAAUGUUACAUUACAAAAGCGUUCUUUUUUACAAUUUUCAAACCUAACUAAUUUAGACGGCGUAGCUGACACAAAUAACAAAACCGUUUUUGAUAACAGCCAUAUUGAAAAUCUACAAAACAAAGCGUUAAAUUUUGCUUUGUCCCUUUAUAGCAAUCCAAAUUUGAACAGGGCUACGGCAACAAAUAUUUUAACUGAAGUAACAGAAAACAUUACUAAAGUUAUUGGUGAGACUUUAACUCAUUACAUGCCAGAUGCUGUAAUCAAUAGUUCUAUUCAAGCUGUAAUUGAUGUAUGUUCCACUCCGUUUGAAAAAGUUGACACAGAAUGGAAACUGUUACAGUACUUUGAAGGUUUAGGUUGUUACAUUAAACCCCAGCAAUAUAUAAUAGAUUCAUCUGUGAUACCAUGCUUACAAGAUGGCUCUAACAUAUUACAAACAAAGACGGCCAAAGGGACAAAGGUUUCACUAAAGGAGUUGUUUAAAUGUUUUUUUGAACUGCCAUCAGUGUUUGAUUCAACUCUAAAAAAUAUGGAAAAUUUACAGAAUCAAACCGAAAAGACACUAAACAAUUUCAUUCAAGGAUCUCUAUGGAAAUCAAAGAUUUCAGGUAGGAGUGGAAUAUUCAUCCCUUAUUUUUUAUAUUUUGAUGAUUUUGAAACGGGCAAUGCUUUAGGGAGCCAUUCAGGCAAACAGUCCAUAGCAGCCACAUACUUGAGUUUUCCAACUCUUCCGUUGCAGUAUUUAUCAUUACUGGAAAAUAUUCUUGUUGCUUCACUAUUUAAUACAUCCCUAAAAAAGUAUGGUAAAGAUUCACUUUUUCAUUUACUUAUCAGUGAAUUGAAAAAUUUGGAAACAGAAGGUAUUAAUAUAGUGAUUGAAAGUAAAACACAAAAAGUACAUUUCAUCCUUGGUUUGAUUAUUGGCGAUAACUUGGGCUUAAACUAUUUAUUAGGAUUUAGUCAGUCAUUUUCUAGUAACUUUUACUGCAGAUUUUGUAAAACUCACAAGUCGGUAAUGAGUAAACAAACAGUUGAGUCAGUUUAUGAUUUGAGAAAUAGAGACAAUUAUACUGAAGAUUUAAGUUCAAAUGACCCAACCGGAACAGGUGUAAACGGAGGUAGUAUUUUCAAUACUCUUCCUACUUACCAUGUUACUGAAAAUAUGGCAGUCGAUAUCAUGCAUGAUAUUUUUGAAGGUGUUUGUCAUUACGAUAUAUGUAACAUGUUAUUGUACUAUGUUCAUAGGACUAAAUUAUUUAGUUUGAGCACUUUGAACAACCGAUUAUCAUUGUUUGAUUAUUCUGCCAAGGAAUUAGAUCAAAAGCCCACCACGGAAAUAACCAUAGAAAAUUUAAAAAAUAAAAAAUUAAAAAUGAGUGCCUCUGAGAUGUCUUGUUUCGUUAAUAUUUUACCUUUUCUUAUUGGAGAUCUUGUUCCAGAAGAUGACAGAGUAUGGAACUUUUUUUUGAACUUGUUAAAAAUUAUUGAUAUUUUGUUAAUGUCCGAAAUUGACUGUUCAAUGAUAGAAUAUUUAAAAUAUCUAGUAACCGAACACCAUGAACAAUAUCUCGAAUACUUUAAUGACACGUUAAAGCCUAAACAUCAUUUUAUGAUACACUACCCUAGUAUUAUAAAAAGUAUAGGACCUCUAAAACACAUCUGGUGUAUGCGAUUUGAAGCAAAACACAAACAAUUAAAACAAACUGCUUAUAAUACAUCAUCUAAACGGAAUAUACCUCUCACUUUAAUGAUAAAACAACAGUUAAACGUGGCGCAAAGAGCUCAUACUAAACAGGGUUUCUCUGAUAGACUUACAUUUGGAAGUGUUGAUAACACUGCAAUGAUUCGUGAAUUAACCAAUGCUACAAUAAACGGAUCUAGUAUACGUGAUGUUCGAAUUAAUUCGGUGACAAAACAUGGCACUAUGUUGAGGCCUGGAUUGGUUAUUACCAUUUUCAAUGAACAAGAAGUAAUAUUUUACAAAAUUGUUUAUAUACUUAAAUUGGAGUCGGACAUUAUUUUAUUAUGUAAAAAUCUCAUUAAUAUUGGUUUCAAUGAGCAUAUUCAAUCGUACCAGCUACACGAAAAUUGCACGAGUAAAUUUGAAUGCCUUAAAUUAGACAACGUUACAAGUCUUCCAAUAGUUCCUCAUUUGAUUCCGAAUGGAGAUAUGUAUUGUAGGGUAAAAUAUUAAUUAACCUACCUUUACUUCGUUCUUAAGCAUUACAUAUUCUCACUAUUACGAUUAGGUUUAGGACUUUUUAUCGCAUACCGUGGUUCUAAAAUCCGUGGAGUCGCCAUAUGAAAAUUUUUUGAAGUCAUAGUCCAACAGUAUGAUGUCAUAUAUUAAAUAUAAAUAUUUAUACAUCUUACUGUAACAUCGCUACUGAGUUCAUUUUAAUUGAACGUAAUUAAUUUUAACUAAUAAUGUUAUUAUUAGUCAAUUUUAUCAAAAUCCUAUAUAAUAAUACUACAUUAAGAUGUAAUUAACUACGUUCGAUUUAUACCUAUAACAUAUAUUAUAAUAUUUAAUAACAUUAUUAGUUAAAAUUGACUACGUUCGAUUAAAAUGAACUAGGUAACGAUGUAACAGUAUGUAUAAAUACUAGCUUCUGCCCGCGGCUUCGCCUGCGUACUAAAAGUAUAUUUAUUGAAAUAUCCGUAUUAGGUUUCUAUGUAGUUAAUACAUUUGUCCGCGAUUAUUUCGAUUACAUAUUGAAGUUUGUUCUUAAAGAAAUGCUUGCAAUGAUUGUAGAAUUGUUACACAGCGAGUAGGUAUGUAUUCUAUAUACACAUAGCCAGUAU